AUGGAGACUAUUCUUUUUCGUAAUGGAGCGUAUUGUAUGAACCGCUGUUUGCAAGGCUACUUAAAAACAUCCGGCGUUCGUUUUGCAACAUCAUCUACAACCCCAACAUUUAACAAACCUGGGAAUGAAGGCCUUCGCAUUGGCGUACCAAAAGAGAUAUACCCUGAGGAAAAAAGAGUUUCUCUUACUCCGUCAGCUGUAAAAACCUUGACAGACAAAGGUUUCAGCCUGGUCGUCCAAGCUGGAGCAGGAGCAUCUGCGCAAUAUCUUGACACGGAAUAUGUUAAAGCUGGCGCAAAGCUAGUUGAAACUGGUGCUAAGGACCUCUACGCUCAAAGUGACGUGGUUCUUAAAGUCCGUUCCCCUCUGGUUGAUAAAGAAGUAAACUUACUCAACCCAAACAGCACUUUAAUUACCAUGGUUUAUCCUGCGCAAAACAAGGAACUUGUUAACAUGCUUGCGGAGCGUAAGAUAACUUUACUGGCUCUGGAUUGUAUUCCACGCAUUAGUCGAGCUCAAGCCUUCGAUGUGCUUUCCAGUAUGGCAAACAUUGCUGGUUACAAGGCCGUCGUUGAAGCCGCUUCGCAUUACAGCAAAUUUUUUGCUGGACAAAUAACCGCUGCGGGUCGUAUUCCUCCAGCUAAAGUUCUGGUAGUCGGAGGUGGUGUCGCUGGUCUAUCUGCUGUGGCUACAGCACGAGGUCUUGGUGCAACAGUGCGCGCUUUCGACACCAGAGAAGCCGUUCGCGAGCAAGUGGAGUCCUUAGGUGCUGAAUUUCUCACUAUUCAAUUCAAGGCAAGUUUUUUUAUGUACCCUUCCUCUCCUACUUCCUGUAGUGUCAUUGAUCUUCUCCGUAGAAGCGGUAACAUGUUCUAG